AAUUGAAAGUAAAAACGCAGGCGAUAAAAACAGCCACCCUGCACGGUUCCACCACAGAGUGGACAGAAGGUCAAUCUGCUGCAGAUCUCGCAUUCCAGUUUCAAGUGAUCCGUCAGAAGUGGAAGCAAGAAAGAUGAGUUAUGGAAACAUCAGGGCCGUUGAAACUACUGGUGCUUCAUGGCAAACAUCUCAGCAGGACAGGCUGGGAUACUCAGGUGUGAGGGCAUCUCACACCAUGGCAGAGACCGAUGCAGGCAGAAUGGAAAGGUACAAGUCUAAAAUCAAAAGAGUGGGAGCAAAGUAUAACAUCGACCCCGCCCUCAUUGCUGCCAUUAUCUCCAGAGAGUCCAGGGCUGGAAAUGCUCUCACUGAUGGCUGGGGAGACCACGGGAACGCCUGGGGACUGAUGCAGGUUGAUGUAAAUCCAAGAGGAGGUAACCACACUCCAGUAGGUGAAUGGGACAGUGAGGAACACCUCUGCCAAGCCACCAAGAUCUUGGUUGAUUUCAUCAAACUGAUACAACGCAAACCUGCAUUUUCUGGCUUGAGCAAAGAGAAGCAGCUGAAAGGAGGGAUAGCAGCCUACAAUAUGGGGGACGGAAAGGUCCAUUCUUAUGAAGGUGUGGAUGAGAACACAACAGGCAAAGACUACUCCAAUGAUGUUGUUGCCAGGGCUCAGUGGUACAAAGCGCAUGGAGUAAUGUACUGGACAUUAGCAGGGUAUGGAAACAUCAUGGACGUUGAAACAACUGGUGCUUCACAAAAAACAGCUAACAGUGACAGGCUCAGUUACGCAGGUGUGAGGGCAUCACGCACCAUGGCAAAGACCGAUGCAGACAGAAUGAAAAAGUACAAGUCUAAAAUCAAAAGAGUGGGAGCAAAGUAUAACAUCGACCCCGCCCUCAUUGCUGCCAUUAUCUCCAGAGAGUCCAGGGCUGGAAAUGCUCUCACUGAUGGCUGGGGAGACUACAGCUAUGAGAGAAGAGCAUGGAACGCCUGGGGACUGAUGCAGGUUGAUGUUAAUCCAGAAGGAGGUAACCACACUCCAGAAGGUGAAUGGGACAGCGAGGAACACCUCUGCCAAGCCACCAAGAUCUUGGUUGAUUUCAUCGAAGCGAUCCAAAACAAAGGCAAAUUUCGUUGCUUGAGCAAAGAGAAGCAGCUGAAAGGAGGAAUAGCAGCCUACAAUAUGGGGGACGGAAACGUCCAUUCUUAUGAACGUGUGGAUGAAAACACAACAGGCGAAGACUACUCCAAUGAUGUUGUUGCCAGGGCUCAGUGGUACAAAGAGCAUGGAGACUUUUAACAGCUGGAGCUGUCCACAACAAAAAUCUCCAAAUCAUGAAGGAAACUCUCUGAUGAUGAUGAUGAUGAUGAUGAUGUGUGCCCUGUGUCAGAACUUAAGCCAAAAUAAAUAUAAUGCAAAGCAAAACCACCACUGAUAU